AUGUCAUUUAUAAUACCAGAUUUAAGAUUUGAACAAUCAUUUAUGAAACAAUUAGAUAUAUAUGCUGGUAAUAAAAGAGAAUCUAAAAAGCCUUCUGCUUUUAAUAAACGAAAUUAUAUUGAAAUUGCAACAUUAACUGAUAAAGAAUUAGAUAAUAUAAAUGAUGAUAUAGAUUUAAAAGAACAAAAAGAGUUGUUAAAACCAUUGAAUCCAAUAACACCAUCCAUAAUACUAUAUGCUAUAAUAAAAGAUCAAAUAAUAAUGCCCUUAUUACAGGGAUUUUUAUGGACAGGUAUACUAUUAAGUAUUAGACCAGUAUUACAACUAGUAGUUAAGAAUGGACAAACAGUUGGUGGCUAUAUAUCUAAUUUACUUGGUAUAAAUCAAUUAAACCAAAGAAGAAGAGUUAUAGUGGGAUAG